UAAUCGUCUUCCAAAUUCUCUCUCUCUCUCUCUCUCUCUCUCUCUCUCUCUCUCUCACAGAGACGCAGUGGGAUCCAAUCUUAUGGGCCAAGUGUGAAAAUGUCGACGACUGAGAAGCACUGGUUGCAGAUCUUCGAGGGAAAGCAAUGGAUUAUCAACAAAGCCAAGCAGCAGGCCUUCCUCUUCGACCAGGACCUCGCCUCCAAACUCAUCAUUGCCGGAAUUGCCCCUCCUCCUUCUCUUUUCUCCUCCCACCCCGACGUGUUGAACCAUCAUGAGCUGAUUUCAGAAGUUCCACUCCCUCGCACACGCCGUGUGAUCCCUUUCACUGGUAGUCAUUGCUGUGGGUUCGACAAGCCAGUUGCUACAGCUCACUACGGGCAGCUAACAAAUGAUUUGUGCACGGAACAUUGUGGGGUAAAGAAAGUUUUUGAUGUAGGAGGCAAUGUAUUGGAUUUGCCACCGUGCCCAAUCAGUAAUGGUGGAUGUGCCUCCAAUGGUGUCACUCAACAUCAUAGAGAAGAGGAUCCUAGUGUUACGUCUCCUGAAGAUGAGAGGGAUGAAAGAGUCUCAGACGUUUACCAUGACUCAGCUUUAACACCGGCUAGAGGUACAGGAGAGGAGGUAUCAAUUUUGCCACAGGGCCACAUUAGUGAUGCUGGGUGUGCCUUUGAUGGUGUUUUACAAUAUCACAAAGAAGAAAAUCCUGGUGGUACGUCUCCUGAAGAUCAGGGGGAUACAAGAAUGUUAGACAUUUACCUCAACCCAGCUCUUUCACUGGCUAGAGUUCAAAGAUCUAAGUCAAGACAAAGGGCUCUGGCAAUUCGAAACAGUACUCAAAAAAGCUGUUCACAGGAUAAGGGCAAUGUUGAUGGUUAUGCUGGUGAAACUAUCAAGUGUCUGAUAUCUACCCCACAGUCUGAAAAUGUCGAUGAAUUGAAUGAGAAUCAUUCUGAAGUGGAAAAACCAAAAAUAGGAGAAUUUCAAAGCAAGGAAAAAGGUUCUGACAUCUACUCUGGUAGAAUUACUAGAUCUAGAAGCUCUGGCCAUCAGGAGAACUCUUUAGAUGUCAGUGGCUCUCCAUGUAUUUACAAGUCAAGUGAUGGUAUAGCUGUUGAUUCUAUUGGUACAUUGACACAUCUGUCUAACCAAGUAAUUCACCCACUGGAAUUGGUUAGCUACUGUCAUAUAACAAAUGACGGUUGUCGAGAGGGGGAAUUAAAGCUGGGAGACUACUCAAGCAAGAAGCGAACCGUUGAGAAAGAUUCUAUGUGUGCAAACUUGGAAAGAGAUGAACACACUCCAAAGGCUUUACAAGAGUUCAAAGGUCCUUCAAUUUCUAAGGAUGUUGCUGGGAACUCAAUUGUCUGUAGGAGUCCUGUUGAAGAAACACAUCUAAAUGAGGAUCAUCACAUGGUAAACACGUCCAAAUCUUCACCUGAGGCACAGAAGAAAGAGGGCGAAAUGGGUUUAGAAGGGGUGGGCAGUAGUCCAAAUGCUCUGUUUACUUUUUUGCAUGAAGAAAAAGAAGCAUCAGUAUUCCCAUUUCUGAUCAAGCAGGCUGCUGGUCAUCCUCAAGAUUCUUUGCUUGAGGAAACAGGAGUAGCACAUCCAACUAGCACUAACAUUGAUGAAGGAAGCCAAUGCUUAAAAGAGAACCCAGUUUCUCUUCUUCCGGACAAUUUAAGACUAGAAAAUGCUGAAGAUUUAUCUUGUGCUGGAAAAACCAUGCAGGCACAGAGAUUUGAUUUUGGAGGGCCCAGCAAAUUUUUAGAAUUGUCAUGUGGUGCUCCACAUGUUGAAUGCUCACAGUCUGAAAAUGUUGGUGAAUUGAAUGAUAAUCAUUCUGAAGUGGAAAAACAAAAGAUAGGAGAAUUUCAAAUCAAGGAAGAAGGCACUGACAUCUACUCUGGUAGAAUUACUAGAUCUAGAAGCUCUGGCCAUCAGGAGAACUCUUUAAAUGCCAGUGGCUCGCCCUGCAUUGGCAGGACAAGUAGUGGUAUAGCAGUUGAUAUUGAUACUGUGGAAGAGUCCUGUUUAAAAGGACUUUCUACUCCUGCUAGUAAGAAGGGGAUGCAGGGCAGUUCAUCAGUAGAAAUGCCUCUUCCCUUCAUGCACGGGGAAAAGAAACUAGAAGAAGGAAUGAGCAUCACUACCCGUGAAAACUGUAACUCAUCCUUGGAAAUGGAUUUUCUGGGCAAUUGUGAAGUUUCAGCCAAAGAAAUGGAUGUCCAGAGCGGUUUAGUUGAAGCCCUUGAAGAGGAGUUCAGUAAAUCUAGAAGAGCGUCACAUGACAAUGUGAUCUCAUCAGUAAAAGAAUCAUUUGAUGCUUAUACGGAUGCAGUUCCCAAAACUUUGCUAGAAAGUGGGAGAACUCCGAAACAGAAAUGUUCUAUGAUAGAUGAUCAAACUCCCUUGCGAGUAGACUGGGAUCGAUUGGUUUGUAGCCCGAUAAAAGAAGUAAAGGGGUCUAAUUUGUCUACUGCUAAUGCUGCAAUACCAACGGAGUUGGUGUCAGAAGACUGUGCAGUGGAUUCUAAUGCCCUUUGUAAUCCUCAUAAAUCAACAGAUGUUGAUUUUGCUAUGGUGUCUGGGCCUGGUUCUCAUAGAAUCCUAGAUGCAGAGAUUCUUGAAGUUGAGAACCCUUAUGCUGCUUUUAGGGAUGAGCUGAGGAGUAACUUGGCUCAGUCGACUGUAAAUGCACACAUUUCUCCAGAAUAUGUACAAAGGAGUGCCAGUGAUGACAGAGAGGUAGGUUGUUCAGAAUCAACUGAAUGCCAGAUUGCAGAGAACUCCAAAGGAAGAAGUUUUUGGUAUUCAAUGGAGGGUACAUCACCUACUCUUAAACGAAGAAAGAUUGACGAUAAAAGAGUUCAUGACCUGUCUGCUUCAGUAGCCUUGAGAGAAGAGGUUCUUCACGCUGUCAAAAAAGAUUCUAUGUGUGCAAACUUGGAAAGAGAAGAACACAGUCCAAAGGCUUUACAAAAAUUCCAAGGGCGUUCAAUUUCUCAGGAGGAUGAUGGGAAAUUAAUUGUCAGUAAGAGUCCUGUUGAAGAAACACAUCUAAAUGAGAAUCACAUGGUAGAAAGGUCUGAAUCUUUACCCGAGGCACAGAAGAAAGAGGGUGGAAUGGGUUUGGAAGGGGAGGAUAGUAGUCCAAAUGCUCCAUUCACUUUUUUGCAUGAAGAAAAAGAAGCAUCAGUUUUCUCAAGAUUGAUCAAGCAGGCUGCUGGGCAUCCUCUAGAUUCUUUGCUUGAGGAUACAGGAGUAGCAGUUCCAACUGACAUUAACAUUGAUAGAGGAAGCCAAUGCUUAAAAGAGGACCCAAUUUGUCUUCAUCUUCAGGAUGAUUUAAGAGUAGAAAAUGUUGAAGAUUGGCCUUGUGCUGGAAGAACCAUGCUUGCAAAGAGAUCUGAUUCUGGAGGGACCAGCAACUUCAAAGAAUUGUCAGGUGGUGCUCCACAUGUUGAAUCCUUGGAUUUGACUAGUGCGGAUGAAGCAAUGCCUGUACUUGAGAGGUUUGUUAUAAAGACAGAUGAUGAACCAUGUAGCAUUGCUGAAGAGGGAAUUAGCUUUGAUGAGUGGAACCUUCCAAACACUGCAUUAGAGCGUGCCGGUAUUCUGGAGCAGCUUUGCAAAUCAGCUUGCAUGCAAACUCCCGUAGCCUAUUCUUUAGCUUCCUAUAAGUUGCAUAAAGUUCAAAACCUACAGCAAUCUGUUCCGACUGGGGUUUUGGAGCAUGUAGAUCUGAGGACCACCUUUCCUAUAAAUGAUAAUGUUAAGCAAUUAAAGGAUGGUAAUAGUUCUUGGAGUGAGGAAGUUGGCCCGGCCUUUUAUGGAAGUUCCUAUUCUGAUUGCCUACCAAAUUUUAGUGGUCAAUCUAGUUGGGAUAUUAAGAAACCUUAUUCCUCUCCUGUUGGUAAUCUUUGGGAUAGAAUUGCUUCAAGCUCUAGUAGUUCGGGGAAGCGAGUGAGCUCAAUUCCAGAGCUUGCCUGUAUUAGUGAAGAAAAUGAGAAUACAGAUGAGGUAGCUGAUACUUUUCAAGAUGGCAUUGUUUCAGAAGUGUUAGAUUGUUCUCCAAAAAGGCCACCGCUUGCAGACAUUACAGAAAUCCCUAACCUUCCUGCUUCAGUUUCUGAAGCUGCAGCCUACACUGAUAGAUUUAGUCUAGAUUCAGUAACCACCGAAUUCAGUUUAACGGGGACUCAUAAGAGCGUCAAAAAGAAGCCUGGAAUCCAAAACAGCAGUAAGAGAAGAUAUAACAAUAAGGAGAACCAGAGUGUAUCACGAAAGAGAGCCACCGGAUCACUUCAGAAUAGGUUCAGCAAGCCAAAGUUUUCUGGAAAAACCAGUUUGAGAAAAGGAGGCCCUAGUUUGUCAGAGGUGGAGCCCAAGCGUAACAAUAUUGUUUCCAAUAUUACUUCCUUUAUUCCACUUGUGCAACAGAAACAAGCAGCUGCAGCCUUACCAGGGAAGAGGGACAUUAAAGUGAAGGCCCUGGAGGCUGCUGAAGCUGCAAAGCGUCUUGCAGAAAGGAAAGACAAUGAACGUAAGAUGAAGAAAGAAGCUAUGAAGGUUGAGCGAGCAAGAGUGGAGCAAGAGAAUCUGAGGAAGUUGGAGCUGCAGAGGAAAAGGAAACAAGAGGAGAGGAAAAAAAUUGAGGCUGAUAUGGCAGCAAAGAAGAGAGAAAGGGAAGGGGAAGACAAAAAGGAGAAGCAACGAAAAAGGAUGCGUGUUGAAGAAGGGCGGAGGGAGCAGAGAGAACAUGAGGACAAGUUACGUGCGGAAAAAGUAAAGAAAGAAAUACAAUGCCAAGCCAGUGAUGGAAGAAGAUGCGAGAGUAAGGACUCAAAAUGCAAUACCGUGCAUAAGAAAAUGGACAAAGAAGGGGAACAUGACACUCUUAGGAGCAUUUCAGAGACUGAUCCUAGGAGUUCCUGUGUUUCAGCAAAUAAUGCCAGAAGUGGAACAGCUGUCCAUGAAGAGAAGAGCUUCAGUAAUUUUGAUCGUAAGGAAGAGGUACAGAGCAAUUUAGACAAAGCCACAGAAAAUGAGAAAUUGGUUGUGCAGACGAGUCGAGAACAGUCUUAUGAUAUCUCUCCAUACAAAGAAUCAGAUGAUGAAAACGACGAAGAUGACGAUAGUAUACCAAAUAAUAAAUUUAUUCCUUCGUGGGCAAGCAAAAAUUGCCUGGCUCUGGUUGCUUCUCGCCAGAGUAGAACUGACCCAGAGGUGUUCUUCCCUCCCAAAAGCUUUCCCUGUGUAGCUGAAGUUCUGUUGCUUUGAAAAUAUCAACUACAGUAGCGGGGAACCAAAUCACAUUGGAAUUAUUCUAAACUCUAUUCAAUGGACACUUUCGUCAAUGGGAAAUGAGAGUUUUUGAGUCAAGAAGAGAUUUUCAAAGACUGCUAUGCGGAAGAGUUUUUGAGCCAGAGAUCCCAUUCAAGCUACUCUUUAGGUUAAUGUGUAGAACUAUUCUGAUGUAUAGGAAUCUGUUGUACUGCCAUAUCAGAUAUUGUGCAAAGUGACUGAAGUUAAGAAGUAACAAGUUGUCAAGUUCCAUUUUCUGUAUGGAAAGGGCAAUUACCUGAGCUGCUGAGUAUUGUCCUGUGAGUGACGUGGAGUACUUGUAGUCAUUGAGCAUUCACAUAUGGGCUAAUCAU